AUGAAAAUCAGAAGGGCUGUGGUUGAGGACAAUGAUGAGCUGCUUCCGGUCAUUGAGCGGGCUCAGAAGAGGGGCUCGCCGUUGGCUCAAGUGCCUGAAAUCGCAAUUCCGUCUCAGCCUUACGCAGUUGCUAGACUCAUUGCUGCUCAAGAUAAAGACAAUACCGUUUUUGUGGCCGAGGUGACGAGAAAAUUCGAAUUUACUGUCCAAGAGCCUGUGGCUGCUCAAAAUUCUUCGGCUGAAGCUACACCAGGGAGUACACCGUUAAGCACACCAGCAAGCACACCAACUCCGGAAGUGACACAAAACCAAGCGGAGGCUCCUGCUGCUCCUUCUCCGGCCUCUUCGAAUUCUCCUGCUCCGUCUCCUUCUCCUGCUCCUUCUCCAGCUCCUGCUCCCCCAUCUCCUUCUCCAGUUCCUUCUCCAGUUCCGCAACAGGUCACUCAGCAGGUUACUGAUAUUGCUGAAAUGAAGGCUGAGGAAGCACCAAAAUUUCGAGUCGUGGAAGUCGACGUUCCUGUGGAGAUUACGAACGCGUUCCAAAUCAGCAUGCUUUGCAUCGAGGAAGAGUUUGAAAAUCAGGGCAUUGACUUCGUUAUGUCGGCUUUCGAGUCGGAUACAUCCGUUGCUCCGACUGUUUGCGAGAGUACCCUGCAGAUCUUCAAGGAAAAUUGA